AUGGAAGAGGGAAAUUACUCAGUGGUGACUGAGUUCAUUCUCUCAGGACUGACAGAUCGUCCGGAGUUGCAGCUCCCCCUGUUUUUUUUCUUCCUGCUCAUUUAUGCUGUCACUAUGGCAGGAAAUGGGGGGAUGGUGUUUUUAAUCACAAUUGACCCCCGACUCCACACCCCAAUGUACUUUUUCCUCAGGAAUUUGUCUUUCUGUGAUUUCUGCUAUUCCUUUGUUAUUGCCCCAAAGAUGCUGCAGAAUUUCUUAGAUGAGAGGAAAAGCAUUUCUUACACUGCCUGCGCUGUGCAAAUGUGUUUUGAUAUCACUUUUCAAGAUACUGAGUGUCUCUUGCUGGCUGUGAUGGCCUAUGACCGUUAUGUGGCCAUCUGUAACCCGCUUCUCUAUACAGUGACCAUGUCUAGGCAGCGUUGCAACCUGCUGGUGGCUGCCUGCUAUGUAAUGGGGUUGGUGGACUCAGUAAUUAACACAUAUUUUAUAUUCCGGCUGUCAUUCUGCCACUCCAACAUUAUCAAUCAUUUCUACUGUGACAUGCUCCCUCUGCUGGCACUUUCCUGCUCUGACACCAACAUCAAUGAGAUUCUGCUGUUUGCGUUCAUGUGCUUGAUUGUAGUGAGCAGCAUUGUGACCAUCCUCCUGUCCUAUGUCUGUAUCAUCUGCACCAUCCUGAAGAUCAGCUCUGCCGAGGGCCGGCACAAAGCUUUCUCCACCUGCACUUGUCACCUGACCUCUGUGGUCAUUUUUCAUGGCACUCUCCUCUUUAUGUAUUUCCGACCCUCAUCCAGCUAUUCUUUGGGCACCGACAAAAUAGGCUCAGUUUUCUACACGCUGGUGAUUCCCAUGUUGAACCCCCUCAUCUACAGCCUGAGGAACAGGGAGGUGAAGGACGCCCUGAGGAAAGCCAUGAAUAAACUCCUCAGCAAUUCUUGA